AUGAAGUGUUCCAUGACCUUUGCCCUUACCGCAGUGGGCAUCCAAUUGAUCUCCGCCGCCGCAGUUAUUCCACCCACUAAGACACCUGUGUCUGCUCUGCGGGAGCGCGCGGAAGAUCCAAUCCCCACAUAUACAGCCGGGGUUCCAGAAGCGUAUGUCCGUGAAAACACACCACCUCUCCCAAGUGGAUCCGUCAUUCGUCUCUUUCCCGAUGGGUUUCAUGAAAACAUCCCUGUAGAGGGAGUUGAUGUUGCUUUUGGACCUGACCUCGAGCGGAAAUUGGAAGAGACCUUUGGGGAAAAAUGCAGCAGUGAAAAGCUAAUCGGGGACUGCAGCACGGCACUGACUAAUGCACUUCCCCAAAACGAUCUGAAGUCCCACACAAAGCGGGUGAAUCCACAGUUAGCAAUUUUAGUGCCUAUCAUCGGGUAUAUCUGGGCCAUGAUCAUGCUGGCAAACAGGAAACCUCCUAAAGUUAUACAUUUAAGUCACAAGGAGCUGGGUCAACUGGAAGGGAUUGGGUCUGCUACGGUUGUGGCAAUUGAAACAGGUGCAGACCACGAAGUAGCGGGAACACUAACGUUUACGGCAGUUGCAACACCAACAGAAGCGGCGCACGUCUCAAUAAGCAUUGCGAGCGCCGAUAACGGGGCAAUCAAGAAGGAUGAUCUGGUUAUCGAUGUACCUGAACCGGUUGCCACUCGAUUUACUGAUUUCCUCGCAAUGCUGGGGGUUGCAGAUGCCGUGGAGAAGUGCAAGAAAGGGAGCGCAAAACGAGGAAUCGACAGGCGGGUUCCUCCGCCGGACAGUCUUUCUGAGGAUUGUAUUCAAGACAUUCUCAACUUCGCGCGGGCUGGCUUUGACUCAACACCUGACGUGUUUGCUGGACUGGCUCCAAAUAAUCCGAAUAAUCCCCUCAACCCUGGGGAUGGCCAAUUUGGAGGUGCGGCACCUAACAUUCGCCUCAAUGAUGAAGAUGUCUUGGUACUUCUGUUGCGUCAGCAUAUUAUGAACAGGAAUAUCGACGAACAACAAUUGGCAGGAACACUAAUGUUGGGUGCGCUGGUUCUCAACGUCGUCUUUUUCAUCAUUACAGCUACGCAUCAGGCGGCGCCGCUCGUUGUCAAUCUCAACAAAAAUGAUUUAGGGACCCACUCAGUCGAUGAUAUCAAGUGUCCAAAAGACCUUGUUUGCCUGAAUCCCGAUUGCGACGGAGAGGAGGUAUAUGGGCCGUUCUUCGGCGAGAGAAAGUCAUACCAGACUGGGUAUUGUCUCAAAAAGCCUAACAGAUUCUGUCCAUGCGAAAAGGUUGAAGAGUCGAUAUUGCAUGAGUUGGAUGCCGGAUAUAUUGAGGCGCAAUAUGCCUUUCUACAAGAGCUCAUCGGCAUUGCGGACAGUACUCUGAGCGGGGUGGAACCAGAGUGCAUCAAAGGCGGUGUUCCAGUCAAAGCCAAAGAAGAACAGUACGAUAGAUGGGUGGAGGCUGCGUGUAAAAAUCAUGCCGAACUGAAAAAACGCGACAUGACAACCGGACCCUCGGGAAUCAUCAAACGAGAUGGCUGGGAGUAUAACGGCGGUGACAAUGACGAGGGAUUUAAAUAUUCGUUUCGUUGGAAAGAUGAUGGCGAGUGCAAGUUCAGUUGCACUGAUCUAUUCAACACACUGAAAGGAACCGGCGACUGCAUAUCCAACAAUGGGAUUACUCGCGGGGCCGCCAUAUUCACAGGAUGUGGAGAGGCGUCCUUCUAUCUCAACGAAUACUCGCCGCCACCGACCGACAAUCCCAUGACCUCAUUUCGCGCCCAGAUCACUCAAGAAGCUCGAGUGGAUGGUAAUUCGUACAUUGAAUGGUCACUUUACAAUGGUCCAACAAUUGAGAAAGUUGAAGGUCCGUCCAGGAAACUCAGUUUCGAAGCUCCUUCAUUCCUAGUGGAAAUGGUGGUCGAUGAACCGAACGACGUAGACAAGACCAACAUCCGCUUCAUUGUCUCAAGCCGCAUCCCUGAUUCGGAGAAACGAGAAAGAUUCUCUGUCGGAACCAAGGCAAAUUUUUACAGAGACGCAAUCGGGAUCUUUCCCUACGCCUUCUGCGAAGAUCCAAGGGAUAAAUGGGAGAACCUUCCAAAUGGGCAGGGCGGAAAGAGAACGAUUAACUGUUACUUUGACCUCAAGUAUGACAAUGUGUUCCACGAUAAAUGCGACGAGCGUCUCGUGGUGUGCUGGAACAUGGGGCCGCCAGAGUUAAGAAAAUGGCCGUUCUGA